AUGGCAGCCCUUGGCCCCAGCAGCCAGAAUGUCACGGAGUAUGUUGUCAGAGUUCCCAAAAACACAACAAAAAGAUACAACAUCAUGGCCUUCAAUGCGGCCGACAAAGUCAGCUUCGCUACCUGGAAUCAGGCUCGGCUGGAGCGGGACCUGAGCAACAAGAAGAUUUACCAGGAGGAGGAGAUGCCCGAGUCGGGCGCAGGCAGCGAGUUCAACCGCAAGCUCCGGGAGGAGGCGCGCCGGAAGAAGUACGGCAUUGUCCUCAAGGAGUUCCGGCCCGAGGACCAGCCCUGGCUGCUGCGGGUCAACGGCAAGGCAGGCCGGAAGUUCAAAGGCGUGAAGAAGGGAGGUGUGACAGAGAAUGCUUCUUACUACAUCUUCACCCAGUGCCCUGAUGGCGCGUUUGAGGCCUUUCCGGUCCAUAACUGGUACAACUUCAUGCCGCUGGCCCGGCACCGCACACUCACCGCUGAGGAAGCCGAGGAGGAGUGGGAGAGGAGGAACAAGGUCCUGAACCACUUCAGCAUCAUGCAGCAGCGGCGCCUCAAGGACCAGGACCAGGAAGACGAGGAGGAGGACAAGGAGAAGCGCAGCCGCAAGAAGGCCACCGAGCUGCGUAUCCACGACCUGGAGGAUGACCUGGAGAUGUCCUCGGAGGACAGUGAGGCCAGCGGCGAGGAAGGUAGCAGAACCCCCAAGGCUGGCAAGAAGAAGGCAGCGCCCACCAAGGCUGGCAAGAAGAAGAAGAAGAAGAAAGGCUCGGACGACGAGGCCUUCGAGGACAGUGAUGAUGGGGACUUUGAGGGCCAGGAGGUGGACUACAUGUCCGAUGGCUCCAGCAGCUCGCAGGAAGAGACGGAAAGCAAGCCCCGAGUCACCCAGCAGGAGGAGCUGCCCAAAGGUGUGGACGAACAGAGCGAGAGCAGUGAGGAGAGCGAGGAGGAGAAGCCACCCGAGAAGGAGGAGGAGGAGGAGGAGGAGAAGAAGGCUCCCGUCCCCCAGGAGAAGAAGCGCAAGAAAGACAGCAGUGACGAGUCCGACAGCUCGGAGGAGAGCGACAUCGACAGUGAGGCCUCGUCGGCCCUCUUCAUGGCGAAGAAGAAGACUCCCCCCAAGAGAGAGCGGAAGCCGUCGGGAGGCAGCUCUCGGGGGAACAGCCGCCCUGGCACCCCUAGCACCGAGAGCAGCGCCACCUCGUCCACCUUACGGGCGGCCGCCAGCAAGCUGGAGCAAGGCAAGCGGGCAGGUGACACCCCCACGGCCAAGCGGCUCCGGAUGGAGGCGGGACCACAGAGUCUGUCUGGGAAAUCCACCCCCCAGCCCCAGUCUGGGAAGUCAACGCCCUGUAGCAGUGACGUGCAGGUGACUGAGGACGCCGUGCGCCGCUACCUGACACGCAAACCCAUGACCACCAAGGACCUGCUGAAGAAAUUCCAGACCAAGAAGACGGGGCUGAGCAGCGAGCAGACGGUGAACGUGCUGGCCCAGAUCCUCAAGCGCCUCAACCCCGAGCGCAAGAUGAUCAAUGACAAGAUGCACUUCUCCCUCAAGGAGUGA